AUGCACAUGUGGUGUGUGACUCUGGAAGAUCUUCGCCAGUUCCGUCGACUCGUCAUGCAUGCAGUGGCCCAGGGAGAGAUACGCCCACACGCAAGGGACAUGUUCGACAGUUCUGAUUUGAGUAUUGGACCUUCAGUUUACACAGUCACUGAUCAAUUCAUCAAGCCCGUGACCGCGCUUGCAGGCGGGAUGAGCUGGGCCUUGCUAAAGAAUCCAACCGGUGUGGACUGUCAUGUGUUUAUGACACACUGCUGGGCCGAGGGGAUUUAUGAGUUCAUUGACAGGGCGGAGUAUUCUUGGCCCGCAGGCGCAGAGGCUGCAUAUGUCUGCUUCUUGUCCAACCCGCAAAACUUGGACAUCUCCAGUUUGAUCGCAAGCCCAAGUAGCUCACCGUUUGCCUUAGCACUGCGCUCAGCAUCUACGAUGCUUGUCCUCCCAAACGCGACGGUGAGCAUUUAUACGCGGCUCUGGUGUGUCUACGAAGCUUUCCUCGCUUACACACAGGGGAAGGUCAUCAAAACAGCUGCUCUGGGUCAUGAUAGGCUUCGACUCAAGGUUCUUCGGGCAAUGUCGCUCUUUAUCUUGGGUGCAGGCGGACUCUGGACGAUGUGGCUUUUGAGUGGAAGCUCUUGGUUAAUGCAGUACAAGCUCUUCAUCUUGGCCCCCGUGGGUGUUGCAACUGCAUUGGUUGGGAUUUUUGCGCAGAAAUUCUUUCUGUGUUGGCCAGUCGCCCUGCAGGAAACGGCACUUGCCACAGUCGUGAUUUGCGUUGCUAUGUUCUACACCGAAGUCGCGACGACUAAAUUUCUUUAUGCAGCAAACCGCUUUGUGGCAGCCUGGACCUUGCUAGAAUGGUUGUUUUACCUGAUCUUGUCUGGAGUGUUCGCAGCGGAUUGGGCGCGGCUCAAAGAUACGCGACGGCGUUCCGAAAUGCUCCGGAACAAGUUUAGUGGCAGAUUACUGGAAGCCCAAUGUUCGUCUGAUGCAGACAGAGCCAGCAUCCAUCACGAGCUGUUUGAGAGUGGCAACUUGCACCAGGUGGAAGUCGCUGUCAACGCUCUUCUGCGCGUGAACUUCCUCACGCCAGAGCUCAUAAAAGCUGCUGAUCUUGUCGGAGAGAUCGGGGACAGCUCGACCUGCCCUCAAGCAUUUCCUCUGUUGGCAUUAAACUUCUGGCUCGUGGCUUCCAUCGACGCAGUGUUUUUCUUCAGUUUUCCACAGUUCGAAGGUCGUCUUCUCGAACAGAUUUGUCUCGUCAUCAUGUCGAUAGAGGCAGCCUGCUGGAUGGUGCUGUUCAUGUGUUCGCCUCCCGAACGGCGCAUCUUUGCCGUCUAUCCACUUCAACUGUGGAUUUUGUGUUAUUGCAUCGCUGCCGGGCUGCAGUAUGUUGCCGACUGGCCCGUGGCACAUGAGGUGUGGAUGUUGUAUCCAAAGAUUGGAGCUUUCUGUUUGGGCCCGUUCUGCCUGUUCAUGCUGAUCGCUGGGCCCAUCCGCGUGGCUCGUGUUCCUCUAGUUGGGCACAUGCUAGUUCGAAGAGCACUUCGGGGGCACUGUUGCUCCCGGAGAUCUCUGAAAACACCUGAGAGUGAUUCGUCGCAAGGCACGGCCAAGCCGUGCCGAAGCACUUCCACAGUCUCGAUUUAG